AUGCUGUCUAAAGUUAAUCAUGACCACAUUGUGAAGUUUAUUGGAGCCACCGCAGAACCAGAAAUGAUGAUAAUCACGGAAUUAAUGAGAGGUGGGAACCUCCAGAAGUUCAUGUGGAGUACUCGUCCAAAUUUCCUAGAACUAAACCUUUCCAUAAAGUUUGCAUUGGCAAUUUCCCAAGCAAUGGAGUAUCUACACCAAAAUAGAAUCAUCCACCGCGAUUUAAAGCCUAGCAAUCUACUUCUCACAGAAGAUAAAAAGAAAAUCAAGAUAGCCGACUUCGGUUUAGCGAGGGAGGAGAUUGAAGAUGAAAUGACAACGGAGGCUGGGACAUAUCGAUGGAUGGCUCCUGAGUUGUUCAGCAUAGAAACUCUUCAAUUGGGAGCAAAGAAGCAUUAUGAUCACAAGGUUGAUGUCUAUAGCUUCUCUAUGGUUCUGUGGGAGCUGCUCACUAACAGCACACCCUUCAAAGGCAGGAACAAUAUAAUGGUGGCAUAUGCUGCAGCAAUGAACCGAAGGCCCAGCAUUGAAAACGUUCCUACAGAAAUUGUGCCUCUCAUACAGUCUUGUUGGGCAGAAAAUCCUGAAGACCGACCAGAGUUCCAGCAAAUCACCAUUUUUCUGAAAAACUUACUCCACAAAAUCUCCCAAUUGGAUGGCACAUCAGUAAUAUCACCAACUUUGUUGGAGGCAGAAUCUUCAAGAAACAAAGAGACUGAAGAUUCUCCACCCACAGACUUCCUGAUGUCCAGGUCCGAAGAAACGAAGAAAAGGUCAGGGAUUCUGCGUUUCAGAAUUCUGAGUUGUUUUGGUUGCUGUCUAGGUAACUAGUUUCAGUAAAUAGUAGAUGCAGUUAUGCUCAUUUUGUUUCUCAGUCAGAAAUGUAUACAUAUAUAGUUAUGAAGCCUAUAGUUGUCAAUUUUGUAGUGAGCCAUGAACAUGCAUUGUACAGAAAGCUAUGGAAGUAGUGAUCUAAAGGAAGAAUAGAAUAAUGGAAAAGGAAAAAAUCUUUUGAGGUAAUGGUCUAUUGGUUUCCCUUUGCCUAGUCAUUUCUUCUGUUCAUUCAAUUCUUUCAUACUUUUCUGUUUACCCUUUGUGGACAUCUUG